GGUAGUUGAAUCUCAUUUGGGACGUUGAUGAUGAUCGUCAAUCUCUGUAAAAACAAGAAUUUUGAGAAGAGUGAAAGGGAAUGGGUGCGAUAACGAGCGCGGUGAUAGCAGUGGUGGGAGUGCUUUUGGGUUGGAUCACAAUAGAGAUGGCGUGUAAACCUUGUCUUGAAAAGGGUCGCGAAGCCAUCGAUCGAAGUCUCAAUCCAGAUUUCGAUCCCGACGACGAUGAAGCCACCGCCAUUCGCGCCCCACUCAAUCCCACCGCCGUCGGUUCCUCCGCCGCCGUCAAAUCCGUUUGAAGUUCGAUGACGCUUCUCGUGUUUUCGUCUGGUAUUCAAUAUCUGUACCCAAAGUGUUUUUUUCAUCUAUUUUGAGAGCAGUAAAUGAAAAGACUGAUUUUAUAUAUAUAUAUAUAUAUAUAUAUAUAUAUAUAUAUAUAUAUGGGGUGGAUCUGUGUUGUUUGUCUGAUAAUGAAAUGGUGAGUUUGGGAUAUUAACUCUGUUUUAUGUUGCUGAAUAAUAGACUGUGGAUGUUGUAAUUUAGCUCAA